AUGCAGACGGAGGAGGAGACGGCCGCCGCAGAAGAGCCCAUUUUGGAGGAAGGAUCGGGACGAGAGCAGCAAAAGCCCACGCAGCAGUCCCUGGCCUCCUCCCUGUGCAGAGAGUCCCACUGGAAGUGCCUCCUCCUGACCCUCCUCAUGUACGGUUGUUUCGCCACGCUGGCCUGGUGCGCCCUGUGUCGAGUGCCCGUCCUCGGCUCCUCCUCCUCCAUAUCUCUUGGUGCCGACGACGACGCCACAUCCGCGGCCUACUACAACGACAUCCUUCACUUGGAGAGUCCGUGCUCCAGCGGUUACGUCUACAUCCCCCUGGCCUUCCUGGCAAUGCUGUAUGUGGUUUACCUGGUGGAGUGCUGGCACUGCUUCUCUAAGACGGCCAUGUUGGCUCAUGCUGAAUUCCAGGAAGUGUAUGAGCGCGUGCAGAGACUCCAGCAGGCCACUCCAUGUAUUUGGUGGAAGGCCAUCAGUUAUCACUACGUGAGGAGGACCAGACAGGUGACCAGAUACCGCAAUGGAGACGCAUACACCACCACACAGGUCUACCAUGAGCGGGUGAACACUCAUGCCUCCAGUUCAGAGUUUGACUACGCCCGCUACGGGGUCAAAGAUGUGUCAAAGGAGCUGCUCGACCUGGAGCGGCACCCUGCUGUUCGCCUUCGCUUCACUAAGUGUUUCAGCUUCUCCAGUGCUCGUGCUGAAGCUGCUUACCUCACUCAGCGAGCGCGGUUCUUCGGAGAAAAUGAGGGGCUCGACGACUAUAUGGAGGCCCGGGAGGGAAUGCACCUAAAAAACGUGGAUUUCCGGGAGCAUAUCCUAGCUUUCCCAGAUCCUGCUCAUCAGCCGUGGUUUUCAAGGCACAGGGUGUUCUGGCUGGCUUCGGCUUUCCUCCUGUCGUGGCCGCUCCGGGUCGUGUCGGAAUACCGCACCGCAUAUGUCCACCACCACGUGGAGAAGCUGUUUGGUGAGGACGAGGACGCCGGCGGAGGUGGGGGAGUUGUUGGAGGAGGGCAGGGUGGAAGCGGCAGAAGCGAUGUGGUGGAAGGAGGGACUGAGAAUGGAAUCCAUCCGGGAGGAAUUGGGAUUGGGUUCGGACUCAACGGGACAAGCUACAGAGCCAUCUCUCGUGUCAACACAGUGGACAUGACCGAGCUGGAGUGGCACAUCCGUUGUAACCAACAAAUGGUCCCGAGCUAUUCUGAGGCCCUCCUUAUGGAUUUAGACUCAAGUGGAAGCACAAAUCCCACAGCCUCCACACCAAUCUCUGGACCUCCAGGGAUCACUCCCACCCAGGGCCCUCACCCACCACCUCUGGCUCUGCCUGUGGUGUUCAACUCCGCUUACCUUCUGCAGAGCUGCCCCAGAUGCAGGAGAACCACAUCGAGUUCCAGUCUUCCCUCCAGGUUAAGGGCUCCAAUGGGAACCACAGCCCUCCUGAAUGCUACUGUGGCCGGGAUCCGGACAGCAGGGCCGGGAAGUGGAGGUCUAGGAGGAAGACUGGUGCUCAGUCGAAGCGGAUUCUCUCUGGGGAGACUGGGAGGUGGGCGACAGAACAGCUUGUUUCAUUCAAGAAGCAUUGGAGGAGGACUGGGAGGCAGCAGGGAAGAUGGAGCAGGGAGCGGGGGUGGAGGAAGCAAUGGGGGCAGUGGUGGAGGAGGUGGGAGUGGAGGAUUCUUAGGAAUAGGCUCAAGACAGAACAAUGAAGAGACCAGGGGGGUCCUUGAAGGCGAAGGGGAUGAGGAGGAGGAAGAGGAACAGGUGAGGAUACAGGAAAGUGGGGGAAGAGAGAGGGAUGAGGAAGCAGAGCAGGGAGGAGGUGGAGAGGGUAGAGAGGCUGAGAGGGAUCGACCUCCAUCCUACCAGGACGCUUUCUUCUUUCCUGUCCUCAUAAUACAUGGAGAGGAGAGCUGCCAUGCUGGUGAUGACAUGUGA